AUGAAACACAAGUUCACAAGCAAGAAACACAAGUUCACAAGCAAGAAACACAAGUUCACAAGCAAGAAACACAAGUUCACAAGCAAGAAACACAAGUUCACAAGCAAGAAACACAAGUUCACAAGCAAGAAACACAAGUUCACAAGCAAGAAACACAAGUUCACAAGCAAGAACCACAAGUUCACAAGCAAGAAACACAAGUUCACAAGCAAGAAACACAAGUUCACAAGCAAGAAACACAAGUUCACAAGCAAGAAACACAAUUUCACAAGCAAGAAACACAAGUUCACAAGCAAGAAACACAAGUUCACAAGCAAGAAACACAAGUUCAUAAGCAAGAAACACAAGUUCACUAGCAAGAAACACAAGUUCACAAGCAAGAAACACAAGUUCACAAGCAAGAAACACAAGUUCACAAGCAAGAAACACAAGUUCACAAUCAAGAAACACAAGUUCACAAGCAAGAAACACAAGUUCACAAUCAAGAAACACAAGUUCACAAGCAUGAAACACAAGUUCACAAGCAAGAAACACAAGUUCACAAGCAAGAAACACAAGUUCACAAGCAAGAAACACAAGUUCACAAGCAAGAAACACAAGUUCACAAGCAAGAAACACAAGUUCACAAGCAAGAAACACAAGUUCACAAGCAAGAAACACAAGUUCACAAGCAAGAAACACAAGUUCACAAUCAAGAAACACAAGUUCACAAGCAAGAAACACAAGUUCACAAGCAAGAAACACAAGUUCACAAGCAAGAAACACAAAUUCACAAGCAAGAAACACUAG